AUUUCGUAUGGAAUUCCAGUAAAUACUUUAUAGUUUUGCCACAAUUUUGAGGAUAUUGCGCCUAAAUAUCGGAGGCCAGUAUGUCGGAGCAUGUGUUCAAUGUUACGCUGCACUACCCAGGUCCUUGGGGCUUCCGUUUAGCUGGAGGAGUAGAUUUCAACCAACCUCUGUCGAUUUCUCGGAUCACACCAGGUGGAAAAGGCGCAGUUGCUAAUAUAUUACCCAAUGAUGUUGUUCUACGUAUUGAUGGUGAAGAUGCCAUGCAUAUGACCCAUUUAGAUGCACAGAAUAAAAUAAAGAAUUGCGUGGGAGAUUUGUCGCUAACAUUGACAAGAUUUGAUUUUAUCAUACUUACAUUCCCGGGUUUAGAACUUAGAAUUCAUGAAUCAGCCGAAAAGAAGGAAUUUGAACCCAACAGAUGA